UGCUGAGUGACUGGCAGUGGAAGGAUUUGUGAGAUACCAGAGGUUAUGGAUUGACAGGAAACAAGAGAAUCUUUAAAGAAUGGACAACUCCUGUCAAGGGAGAGCACACCUUCUCUCAGAGCUGAGGAUUGUGCUGCUCGGGGGGAGCGAGACUGGGAAGAGCUCUACGGGAAACACCAUCCUGGGCAGAGAGGCGUUUCUGACUGAGCGCAGAACGGCAGUGUGCGCAGAGAGGCAAGGGAAAGUAGGCCCGUGGCAGGUCGCUGUGGUCGACACACCAGGCUGGUGGUGUGACUUUAACGUGCGCAACACCCCAGAGUCUGUCAAACAGGAGAUUGUGCACAGUGCGUCUCUGUGUCCCCAAGCUUUCCUCGUAGUCAUUGAUGUAGAUGAGUCAUUUACAGAGGCAGAAAGGAGAUCGGUGGAGGAACAUUUGGAGCUUCUCAGUGAAAGAGUAUGGAGGAACACUAUAGUGCUCUUCACCUGGGGAGACUGGCUGGGAGACACAAGCAUUGAGCAACACAUCGAAAAUAAAGGGGAAGCCCUCCAGUGGCUCAUUGAGAAGUGUGGGAACAGGUACCACGUUCUCAACAAUAAGAACAGAAACGAUGCCACUCAGGUCCAAGAGCUGUUAGAGAAGACAGAGCAGAUGGUGGCUGGAAACAGUGACUGUCCUCUUGCAGUCAACAGCAUGCUUUUGCUGAAGAUGGCGGAGAGGAAAAAGGACGUGGAAGAGGGAGCAAAACAGAGACUCAAGAAGGUGCAGCAACAGAGGGAGAACCUCAGCUCACUUCUAAUUGGGGUGUCGCACCAGCUCGCGGAGGUGAGGAUUGCACUGCUGGGCUCCAGAAACACAGGGAAGAGUUCAGCAGGGAAUACCAUACUGGGCCGAGAGGAGUUUGCUACAGAGAGAAGGACUGCGAGGUGCCUUAGGAGAGAGGGCGAAGCAGGCGGGAGGCGGGUCACUGUGGUCGACACCCCAGGAUGGCUGGGUGAUUCAUCUGUAAACCAAACCCCAGAGCUGGAAAAACGGGAGAUUAUGCACAGUGUGGUUCUGUGCCCCCCAGGACCCCAUGCUUUCCUUUUGGGCAUUGAUGUCAGCACCUCUUUCACAGAGGAACAGAGGAGAUCAGUGGAAGAGCACCUAGAGCUUCUCAGUGAGAGAGUCUGGGGACACACUAUGGUGCUGUUCACAUGGGGAGACUGGCUGGGAGACACAAGCAUAGAGCACUGGAUUGAAAGUGAAGGAAAGGCCAUCCAGUGGCUCAUAGAGAAAUGUGGAAACAGGUACCAUGUCAUCAACAACAGGGACUGGCGUGACAGCACUCAGGUCACAGAGCUGCUGGAGAAGAUAGAGGGGAUGGUGGCAGGAAGCAGUGGCGGUCCUUAUGAGGUGGAGAAAUCACUCUUAGAUAUGGAGAAGAAGAGGAAGGAGGUGGAAGAGAGAGCACAAAAGAGACAGACCCAGGCACAAGAACAGAGGGAGACCCUCCGGUCACUGCAUGUGGGUGAAUCGCACCAGCUCUCUGAAGUGAGGAUUGUCCUGCUUGGUUCUGGAAACAUGGGGAAGAGUUCGGCAGGGAACACCAUACUGGGCCGAGGGGAGUUUGUUACAGAGGGAAGGACCACAGUGUGUCUUAGGGGAGAGGGUGAAGUAGGUGGGAGACAGGUGACCGUUGUUGACACACCAGGAUGGCUGGUUGAUUCUUCCACACGGACAUCUCCAGGUAUGGGGAAAUGGGAGCUUGCACGCAGUGUGUUUCUGUGUCCCCCUGGGCCCCACGCUGUUCUCCUGGUGGUCGAGGUCAGCGUCUCUUUCACAGAAACACACAGGAGAAUGAUGGAGGAACACCUGGAGCUUCUGGGCAUGAAGGCCUGGAGCUUUGCUAUAGUUCUGUUUACCAAUGGGGAGUGGCUGGGAGACACAAGCAUAGAGCACUGGAUUGAAAGUGAAGGAGAGGCCAUCCAGGGGCUCAUAGAGAAAUGUGGGAACAGGUACCAUGUCUUCAACAACAGGGACUGGCGUGACAGCACUCAGGUCACAGAGCUGAUGGAGAAGGUAGAGGGGAUGGUGGCGGGAAACAAUAGGGGUUUGUUUCACUUUGAGGUGCAGGACACUGCAGAAGAGGAGGAGAUGGGCUAUCUGAUGGACACAGAGGAAGACACAAAGACAAUCAGAAGGAAAACCAGCAAGUCCUACCCUCCCAACUCUUUCAGCUCUCGGAAGACUCGAGAACCCUUUCACCCUUGUCAGGACCGCAAAGAACAGGAGCUUUACAAGUGGUGA